AAGAUUUCCUCAGCUCGGCCAUUCUGAGGCUCAUCCAGUGUCCAUAUAGAUGCAUCAUCGCGGCGAUGCUUGACAAUCCUUCCUCUCGUCUCGCAAAAGCAGAAAUGGCGUCCGCCGUGCACAUGGCUCGCUGAGGAUAUCCAAUUCUCGCUUCGAGAAACGGGGAAUCGCGUUCUCUGUGUGUCGAAAGUUUUCCCGUUCGUAUUUUUUGUUCCGCGUUUGCAACGCGAGUCGAGUACCUGGCGUCCGUAUUGUCCGUCUUCGUUUCUCCGCGCGGACAUUUGGUAGCGUGGUGCUCUUUGGUGGCGACGUACAUCCAUAUACCGUGCGGCCGACGACGCGCCCGACAAGAUUGUAAAUAUACUUUACUGUAAAUAAAGCUUAUAAACUGCAGGAUGAGUUCCACUCAUAGUAAAUUGGUGUCUUCUGGACGAAGCACCAAAACCAAAAAUCAGAAGGACUCUAAAGAGUCAAAACACGAUAAGGUUCAGAACACAAACAACAUACGUAAUUCUCAAAUUAUUGACACAAGAGCUGGAGGUGAAGAUCCUAUCCUGAAAGAACGCAUCAAGCAAGUCAUGGAAAUGACUAGACGUUCGGAAGAUGAUGUUGUUAUGGCUUUACAUGACAACGAUGGAGACUUCGAUGGUGCAGUCAACGAUCUGUUGGAAGGCGUAAAAACUGAAUGGGAGGUCAAAAAAAAGAAACCUCGUCAACCAAGUGGCGCAAAGACUGCGGAUCAAUCGAGUCAAGAUAAUAGUGAAUGGGAAGAGCGACGUAAUCAACGUAGCGGUGGUCCUCCGCGUAUGCGAGGUCGUGCCAAUCAUGACAAUCGUGGCUGGCGUGGAAGAGAAAAUAAAGAGAAUGAGAAGAAUAUGGAAGAUGGCGUUCGUGAUGGUUAUUGUCGAAGAGGAAGAGGUGGACCUGGUAGAUCCGGUCGUGGAGGACGUGGCGGAGGCAGAGGUCUCGGUCCAAGAACUUUUGCGAAUCGCAAUGAUCCAACAUCCACGCAUAGUUUUAAUCGUCCAAUUGACACCUGGACAGGUGAAGAACAAAACCAACAAAAUGUUCCAGAUUCGAAAAUGGAAGCAUGGAACAAUUUAGAUACUGAAGACUGGGACAACGAGGAAUAUACCGGAUCUCUGGCCGAUACUAAAGUUUUUACGCCCAGUACUAAUAUUCUGGAACCUGCUGUUCUCGAAGAACAAACACAAGAUGUAUCUUCUACACAAACCGGUCAAGAAGCGAAUUUAUUGUUGCAGCAGGAGGAAUUACCAAAAUUGUCGGAAAUGCAACAGCAACAACAACAGAGUUUGAUACAACAAACACAGCAACAGCAGCAGCAACAACAAACUGUGUUGAGUAUGCCAACAUUGCAGUCAACAACUAUCAACAGCAAUGUGCUAACAGCAGCACAGAGUCAAUAUUUUUCGCAACUGCAACAAACUAGCGAAACUUUAAAAGGAACUGGGCAAACAACUUUUUCGUCAUCUAUUAGUCAGGCUCAAAGGCAAACGAAGCAACGUCCGAGAGUUCCUCCACCAUCUAAAAUACCGUCGUCAGCUGUAGAAAUGCCAGGUGAUGCGGUAAACAACGGAAUCAUGCAGUUGAUUGACGUGCAGUUUGGCGCUCUCGAAUUUGGGAGCGACACUAGCUCUCUAGAUGGUUCGGCUAAUGAGAAAUUUUCAUCAACUACGAUUACCGGCGUAGAUAUAACCUCCGGCAGCAAUGCCAUAAACACUGCCAGCGCGACUAAUUCGCUCGAUACAGAAACUACUCAAUCAUCUACUGUACCAUACAAUACAAGUUCGCAAAUGUUGUCUAGUACGGACAAUCUGCCGGUAUCGAGCGAACAUACUACUUCGCAAAAUUUUUCUGCUCGUGGAACUACUUCACAGAGUUUAGAAUUAACGAAGCAAGACUUCGCAUCACAAGUUUCACCUGGGAAUGCGCCAACGUAUGGUACAACGACUUCGUACCAGACGCAAAAGACCUUCCAAAGUAGCGGUACACCAAGCACGUACGCAGCAUAUUCCAACAAUCCAUCGUCGACUCAAUCGGCUUAUCAAAAUGCCGUGAACUCGAGUAAUUAUUCUGCGACAGUUACGCAAAGUAACUUUACUUCCACAUUCCCACAGAAUGCGUCGUUUAGUCAGACGUCUCCUUCGGCGUCGACAUCAACCACGUACAAUCAACCAACAACUACCAGUCAGGUUUAUCAAUCGAGUGGAUACGUGCCAGUCACUACUACUCAAUAUCAAACACCAUCAGUUGGUGCAAAUACGGUGUCUAAUAGCAAUACCGCUGGAUAUCAAACGUAUAAUCAACAACCUUAUCAGUCUUCAGUGACUACGUUUACUCAAAGUUCUGGCGCUUACCAGAGUGCCGCGCAGUCGGCAUACGCGAGCACGUAUGGCAGCUACGCUAGUCAGCAACCAGCGACGUCUCAUCACAAAAUAAAUAAUUCUACAAAAGAUUCGCAAUAUGACAGCAGCGUGACAACGUCAAAUAACUCACUUGCAACGACCACUGCGCCAACAUUGGGUCUUACAUCUGCUUCUGUAAAUUCUCAAACUAAAGUAACGAAUUCCAAUGCUGUACCAAAAAGUACGUCGAGUGGGGUUGUGACGGGCAGUAGCGGUACCAGCAACAUGACAGGUGGUAGCGCGGCAGGAAGUAUGACUCCGAUGCUCGGUCAUCAGUACAUUAUGGGCCAGGCAGGUGUACCGUAUUUCCAGCAGCCCGUGUAUAGUUACGAAGAUUUGCAAAUUGUGCAGCAGAGAAUCCCGCACAUGCCCACAACUUACUAUGAUGCCGCGCUGCCGGGCUAUCAGACAACCGGUCCUGCUACGAGUCUCGGGAGUGGGAGAGGUGACGCGCUUUCUGGUGUGCAAGGUGUCCAGAAUGUACAAGGAGUUCAGGGAGCCUAUACCAGUAUUAGCGACGCCAGGUUUGCCAGGAACGACUCUAACGCUUCGCCCGUCCCAUCUACUAUGCCGCAACAGACCGCGACACAGCAUCAACAGCCAUUGAUCAAUCCUACUCUUCCUCCGGGAUACGCGUACGCAUUCACCUACAGUGGUGGAAUUAUGCCGGGAAGUUUCCAGUACGGAACUCCCAUUUAUCCACAAAUAGCUACGGCUGGUAAUGCCGGUACAAACAGCGGAGCGUAUAGUGCUAAGCCAGGCAGUUAUGGAUCUGGUUAUGGAGCUGGUGCAAGCUAUGAUGCGCUAGCUUCCGCUGGACCGUCCGGCGAGUAUAAAGGUGCCGGAAGUAGUUACACCGGCACCCAAACUGGUAAAACCGGUACGUCCGGCACGGCCAACACCAAUACCGCUGGCUCUUCGGCAACAGACAUAAGCGCGACGAUUUACGCUAAGAAUCAUGUUGCACUUGGAAAAGUGAACUCUUACGAGAAACAAACUUUCCAUUCGGCCACUCCGCCGCCUUUUGGUCUUACUGGCAGUCAAAAUGCUGGCUUACCCGGUGGAUACGGUGCGCCACAUUUAUUUAUUCCAACUAUGCCGCAUCAGUUGCACCAGCCGCUCCAUCAGGAAGGCGGCAAUAGCACUGGCCAAAGAUCGAAUUCCAGCUCGCAGAAUAAGGCUCAAGCUAAACCUGGAUAUAGUCCUAGCUACUGGACCGGCAGCAACUAAAAAUAUUACUAUAAUUGACAUACCAAGAGUGAUAUAAACACAAAAAUAUGAAACGUAUAUAAAUAAAAUGAUACAUGACGAUAAUUAAACGACGAUAACGUACAACAGGCAAGAAUCGUCUUUAUAAAAGAGAUUUAUCUUUGAGCGUAAAUUGCACUCGUGCCAAAUGAAAUUGUAGCGUUUAUAACGCGAUGGUUACGGGUGAUGGAUCCAUCGUUCGAAUUAACCACGUGUCAUAAAAUUACAAGUCUCUGGUACGUUGCAAGGAAGAUAAUAAUCCUACAAUGUCUAUCUAAAAUGUACCGGAAAAGAAUUAACUAAGAAGACAACACUUUUGUUGACUACAGUGCAAUUUCGAUUGUUUUUCCUUUCUCUAUGUAAAAUAUAAGCAUUACAUGCUUAAUAAACAUUAAAAAAAAAAAAAAAAAAACGCAUUUUUAUCAGAUAGCGUAAAGUAGUAAAAUGCGAUUGAGAUAUAUUUAUGUAAAACUGCACAACUUUGUGCAAUUUAAUUAAAUUUUUUGUCACACUUCGCAAACAAUUUUUUUAUUUUUGAUAUUUCGAUUCGUCUUUUGAGAAGUGCGCUUUACGUGCAUUAUUCGGUUUUCAACAUUACGCAUGUCUGUGUGACUAAUUUGUAUCUUUUAUUGAUUAUUUUAAUAUACAAUUUAUCCCAAUUCACGUAUUCUAGCCGACAUUGAGUCGCGCGCAAUGAUAGAAAUGAAUAUUCUGGUUUUCUUAUUAUUGCUCAGAGUAUUUUGCUCCGUUCGGUAAAAUGUCGAAUAAAUCGACCGGCUAGUCGAGAAGGAAUGAAGCAAUAGUGCAGAACUUAUUAUUCCUUUCAUUGCGCACGAUAUCGGUCAAGAAGUGUACGAAUAGAAAAAUUAUUAUAUAUAAUUUUGAUAAAAAUUUUCGCUUAAAGAAAAUCAAAUGUAUGUUAAUUUAGAAUGUAUUAGCCAAAUUGUUUUCGCUUUUUUUAUUAUAUUAUUUUACUAUUUUUACUUGUUUCGCCACAUUUUGCAUAUUCGGUUAAAUUCGAUAAAGCGAAAUAGAUUUCUUCAUUAAAAAAAAAAACAAAAAACAAAAAAAAAUUGAUAAAUUACAUUUUAUUCUUCUCAGAAUCUCUCUCUUUCUCUCUCUAUCUCUCUCUCUCUCUUUUUCUCUCCAAAGUUGAAUAGUGUGCGGACAUUUCAAAAUUCAAUUAAUAUAUUUUUCUUAGUUUUUAUGAAGUGAUUAUGCAAAAUUAUGUAUAAAUAUUAGGUGAAUAAACAUUAGGUUGAAAGUUGUUGAAAAGUAUAGACAUAUCUUGAAAACGUUGCUCAUCAUUUGACAUAUUAGUGCAUUUCUGAAAUAAUUUGUUUAAAACGAAACGAUAAUUCUAUCACAUUAUCAAAUCUUAAACAUUUAUAUAUAUAUAUAUAUACACAACACACAUAUAUAUGUAUA